AUGGACACCGACUCCGAAGACGACUCUGAUUACGUCCCGCCGACAGACAAGGGUGGUUCGGACGGCGAAGCUCCUGCCCCCAAACGCGCCCGCACAGAAGAUCACAAAGACCAGGCAGCUUUGAACAGUGAACGCGAGCAAGCCAACGAUGGGGCGUACACAGCAUUCAAAGCGUCCUUGAACGCCUCUCCCGAAGACCAUGCUCACGUACCUGUCUCCGCUGAGAUGGUAAAGAUCACCAAACGUUACAGAUACGCGGGCGAAGAAGUCAUCGAAGUGAAAGAGGUUCCAGCAAACUCUGACGACGCCAAGAAGUGGCCGCAUUGGACACCUUCAGAUAUUCCGACAAUUCCUUCUUCCGCCGUGCCUGCCACCUCGGAUACGGGGACCUUGUCUGCUCCCUCUACAUCCACUGCGACGGCCGGUGCGCCCGCGACGAAGCCCUCUGGAAAGCGACCAGGCCCGCGCAAGGGCAAGACGAAGCUCGGAGAAAUCCCGAAGAAGGAGCCGAUUCGGAGACUGACCACGCUCGACAAGUCGGCGAUGGAUUGGCGCGCGCAUGUGGAGGGAGAGGAGUCUGCGGAAAUGAAGGACGAGCUGGAGGCGAACAGACGUGGGGGCGGGUAUUUGGAAAAGGUGGAGUUCCUGCAGCGCGUGGAAGCCCGGAAGGAAGAAGUCCUGGAUGCGUCCAAAGGCAAGCGCAGGCGAUGA